AAACAAAGGUCAAUCGAACGUAGUGCAUUUAAAAUAUCGACCUUAUACAAAUAUCGCUAGCGUUUGAUAGGAGGAGGAGGAGGAGGAGGAGAAGUUGUUAUGAAUAAUGAAGUGGCGUUGUGCGGCUGUAAAUCCGCAUGUCACAGUAGCCGCUAGUGAUGCCGGAACGAUAAUACGGAUCUGAGUAGAGUAAAUGACCGGCGCUACAUGACACGACGAAUAUCAUGUUUAUGCUAUGUUGCGUUGCCGCACUUAGGCUACAUGUCACUUUGUGGGUCAUCUGUUGAAUAUCAUCAAAAUGCCCCUACCAAAAAUACUGAAAAAGGCAUCAAGCUACAUAUUGGGUACACAGACGGGGACUCCUCAUCAGCCUUUCAACGACGGGGAAGUUGUUUUUUGUAAGAACAAUGUUUGUGUGCAUCCACCGGCACUUCUCAGACAGGACUGUGAUGUUGUUCAUCAUCCUGGAUACUUGACUAUAACUUGCCAGGUGACACCAGACAGAACCAGAACAUCACUCAGUCUAACAUGGAUACCAAAUACAACACUGAGGAAAAAUCCAUGGGCUAUUGAAAGACAGGAAUCUCACAUACACCGUGUCGACAAUGACCACGAUGGAGGCAGUCUCUCAAGCAGAAGCUCAAAUCCUAAAGAUGACACAAAUGAUGAGUAUCCGAGUAUUAGUCCCAUUCCAGAGAACUACAGGAAGAGUUCGGCUGAAAGCAUUGAAUCUCAGUAUAGUGCAUCUGACGGAAGCUUGCAGCCGGUAGCUCAGGAAAGUGCUUCUCUGAAAUCCGAUCAGUACAGUAAGAAUUUGUCUUCCUCAAACUCGGAGCGAGAUAGUUCGCAUAACAGUUUAAAUAUGGAAAUUCAGAACUGUGCAAAGGAGGAGAAUGUAAACAGCAUAACUGUACAGCACUGCGAGGAAGCAGUGCCAUCAGUUAACACGGAAGUGGAGCACACAGUGCGACCGCAUUUGCUUCCCUGCGAGAAAGAAGGUGACGAAUCUCAGGAGAAGGACGCCCAGCCCAGCCCUUCCCUGUCUCAGGCUUCCAGCUGCAGCCUGGCAGUGCCCCUCUCCUUCCUGGGCGGAACUUCAGAUGACAUUCCUACUUGGAUGAGUUCACCUGAGCUGCUGGCUCUGCGUCACAAUCUCAACUUUCCUGAGAGCCAGACUGCAUCUCCAGUUGUCCGCAGGACACACAAAUGUCGUCGCUUUUCUGUUGAUCUAAGCCAGAUGCGUUCACUGCGGUUGUUCUUCAAUGAUACAGAAUGUACUUGUGGCCAGUUGGUAGUUGCUUCACGUGAAAGCCAGUAUAAAAUUCUUCACUUCCACCAUGGUGGCUUAGAUAGGCUGGCUAAAGUUUUACAAGAGUGGAGCUUCCUUCUUCAUGCUGACCUGCCAUCAGCAGAAGACUCACUACCAUACCGACAUUUCAUGGUUUGCAGGCCUGAAGUGAGUGAAGAAGAACUGCAUCCUGAGGAAGGACACACAGCACCAAUAAGCAGGGAAGUGUGGGAGAGCCUGCUCAACGAACUGGGGCAGGUAGAAGAUGAUCUGGCAUUGCGAAAGGGUAUAUUUUUUGGAGGUCUGGAACCAGAAAUGAGAAGCACAGUGUGGCCAUUCCUGCUUCACUGUUAUUCUUAUCAGAGCACACAUGAAGAAAGGGAUCAGAUUAUUGCCAUCCGCAGGCAGGAAUACCAUGAGAUAACUCGUAGAAGAAAUGAAAUGGACCCAGUAAGCCAAGAGAAUUUUUGGCGGAAUAUACAGUGUAUUGUGGAGAAAGAUGUUGUCCGCACUGAUCGGGGAAAUCCGUACUUUGCAGGAGAAGACAAUCCAAACAUUGAAGUAAUGAAAAACAUUCUGCUAAAUUAUGCUGUUUACAAUCCAGGAUUUGGCUACACCCAAGGCAUGUCAGAUCUCUUAGCUCCAGUAUUAGCUGAGAUCAGAAAUGAGUCUGAUGCAUUCUGGUGUUUUGUUGGGCUAAUGCAAAAAGCCAUAUUUGUCUGCACGCCUACAGAUAAUGACAUGGACAAAAAUCUGAACUACCUCAGGGAACUCAUUCGUUUGAUGGUUCCCCAAUUCUAUAAUCAUCUGUUGCGACACAAUGAUGCUAUGGAGCUCCUGUUUUGUCACCGCUGGAUACUUUUGUGCUUCAAAAGGGAGUUUCCAGAACCCAUUGCCUUGAAAAUGUGGGAAGCAUGCUGGGCAAACUAUCUUACAGACUACUUCCACCUGUUCCUAUGCUUGGCUAUAAUCAGCAUUUAUUCGGAUGAUGUCGUGGCCCAGGACUUGCGCACAGAUGAAAUGCUGCUACACUUCAGCUCGCUGGCCAUGUUUAUGAACGGGGAGCUUAUACUCAGGAAGGCAAGAGGUCUGCUGUAUCAGUUUAGGGAGAUGCAGCGAAUUCCAUGCACGGUCGCUGGCCUUUGUCAGCUGUGUGGACCUGGCAUGUGGGACUCGACACAUGCACCUGUUGUUGAAUGCACAAGAAACCAUCUUCCUGGGCAGUCGUGUCCUCAUCGUACUUAGAGCUGGAAGGACAAUAAGAUGUAGUAUGUGGCCCUGCGGUUAUUUGAAAACUUUUAACCAGUCAUUUUAACUACACAAAAAAAGAUUCACUUCUUCUAUUGCCCAGAUGCACAUCACAAUCAAAUAUUUGGAAGUUUGGAGAGGCAUUUCACUUAUAAAUUCAUACUCUCCUGCACCAGGAAAAAAAGCAGCUAAAUAAUCUCAAUUUAUACAUUAUCCACAAAGUAUUUUUUAUAACCAGUUUUAUUGGUGAAACACUUUCAAGUAUGAUUUUAGUUAUGGAAGGAAGUGUUUAUCUCUUGUUUACGGAAAGAUUUCAGGUAUGUACCCUUUGUUAUUACAGUGAGAAUAUUGUUUUUAUUAGAGAAACUGUACAUUCCCAUCUUCUUGUUUACUAUUUUUCAGUAUUAUUCAACACAUUUAUAAAGACAGCAACAAGAAGUUAAGUGAUAUAUAUAAGCCACUACUGAAUUCCAUAUUAUGUAUAUUAAAGGGGACCUGCAAUGUUAUGCACCUAUAAAAUCUACUACAAAUGUAAUGGUACUAAGUAUCUCAUUAAUUAUGGGGGCCUAAGUACAAGAGGUGCUGUCAACAUAUCAGAGUAACAUGAUUAAAUGUCAUUUUGUCUAUUGCAGUAGAUUGUGCUACUGAAGUUCAAGUAUAAAGUGUUGUACAAUAUAUAAAGAUUUGUUGCAUGCUUUUAAAAAUAAGAAGUGAAAUGGGUGAAAGCAAACACUCAUGAAUUUAUUUUUAUGAUUAAAUUAUGUUAUGCAAUAUUUUACAGCAAAAAAAUGUUUUUUUAACAGCUAAUUCACUGUGUUCAAAAAAGGACAGUAGAGAAUUUUAAAUGUGUGUUGGCCUUUGUAAGUAUCCAUUAUUUUUCUUACAUUUCAUUGUCUUAUCUUUGACAAAACAUUAAAUAUUUAAUCAGAUUUAUAUUUUUAGAAGAACAAGUAUUUUAUUUAUUCUUGUUAUUAUGUACCAUUUUUUAUUAUUAACUAAAAUAUGUACUGUGAUAUUUGAUUAUGUAUAGAAACUUUAAAUGCUGUUAUAAAUAUGUUGAGACGUAUCAUACUGAAUUGUACAAACAUCACAGUCUGUGCCAUUACAAACAUUAUGUGUGAAGUUACAUCUUACUUUUGUCCUGAAGGGCACAUUUUAUAUAGUACAAGUUUGUGGUUAAGACUCUGUAAUGAAUACGUUUUAAGAAAAAAAACAAUACUUACCUGAAAGGAAUGAAAGUUGUGUGUUAUGAUUAAAAAGAUUUAAGAUAAAGAACUAAGAGUUUCUUCUUCCAUUUAUGCUGGAAAAAGAAGUUUAGAUUUCUGGAAGCUCAGUAAUGAGUAUUCGUUGCAGAGCCUUACUGCAACCACCAUUUGUUUCCGCUCAGUCUUGCUUUUUUAUGUGUCUGCAAUGAAAAAUGUAAGUUUUAGAAACUAUGUUUGUUAACAUUUGUUUCUGGCAGUUGUCUGCAGUAGUCUGUCUUUACUAAGAAAGGGAAGUUUCUACAACA